AUGAAGUUCACCUCUUUCGCUCUUUGCCUCACGGCUACGGUGGUAUCUGGCCACACAAUCUUCCAGAAAGUGUCUGUCAACGGCGCCGACCAGGGCCAGCUGAAGGGUGUCCGCGCCCCUGACAGCGACAACCCAAUCCAGGACGUGAACGAUGGAAGCUUUGCUUGCAACAAAGGUAUCACGCAUACCGACAGCACCGUCAUCUCCGUCCCGGCCGGAGCCAAGGUCGGUGCCUGGUGGGGCCAUGUCAUCGGCGGAGCUCAGAGCUCCAACGACCCCGACAAUCCCAUUGCCAGCAGUCACAAGGGCCCCAUCAUGGUCUACCUGGCCAAGGUCGACAAUGCCGCCAGUGCGGGUACCUCCGGCUUGAAAUGGUUCAAGGUCGCGGAAGCCGGUGUGAGCAACGGCGUCUGGGCAGUCGAUACCAUGAUCUCCAACGGCGGCUGGCACUACUUCACCAUGCCGUCAUGCGUCGCGCCUGGCGACUACCUCAUGCGUGUCGAGCUUAUUGCACUUCAUAGUGCGUCCACGCAAGGGCAGGCACAGUUCUACAUGGAAUGCGCCCAAAUACGGGUCACCGGCUCCGGAAGCAACACCGGCUCGAACACAGUCAGCUUUCCGGGCGCGUACUCCGCCACCGACCCGGGCAUCCUCGUGAACAUCUAUGACAACUCCGGUAACCCUAACAAUGGUGGCAGAGCAUACACCAUACCAGGCCCGCAGGUGCUCUCAUGUUAG